AUGUCAUUCCCAAUGGGAUGGUUUGAUGCCUUUAAGGUUAGGCCUUGGGGAACUGAUUUAUUGCGUGAGUCGAUGGAAAGAGUUCGUAUGAUUCAGAAGAGGAUCCAUACUUCCCAGAGUAGGCAAAAGAGUUAUGCUGAUUGGAGGGUGCGGCCUUUGGAGUUCAUGCGGUACAUUUCAGAUGAGUCUUAUGUAAUUCAGUGGGAUUCGGUUCAGUUUGAUGAGUCCUUAGCCUUCGAGGAGGAGCCUAUAGCUAUUUUGGAUAGGCAUGUUAGAAAGUUACGCUCUAAGGAGAUUCCAUCAGUGAAAGUCAAGUGGAGGCAUCGUCUGAUUGAAAAGGCUACCUGGGAGACCGAGGAGGACAUGUGGCCCAGAUAUCCUCAUAUUUUUCGAGGACGAGAGUCCUUUUAG